UCCCGGUUUCGGCAAACUUCAUCAUUCUCAGUUUGGAAGGCGUCCUUGUUAGCUGCUCCAAGCCGGGUUCAGGUUCAUUGAAGUGAAUUAUCUAAAACCUUAUUCAAGUUACUUUUUCUCUUUGUGCGUGGCAUAAAAAAACUACAUUCUUCAAAAUGCGUGAAUGUAUCUCCGUACACGUUGGACAGGCCGGUGUCCAGAUCGGUAACGCCUGCUGGGAAUUGUACUGCCUGGAGCAUGGAAUUCAACCAGAUGGUCAGAUGCCAUCGGACAAAACCAUUGGAGGAGGUGACGAUUCGUUCAACACUUUCUUCAGCGAGACUGGCGCCGGAAAGCACGUACCACGUGCCGUUUUUGUCGAUCUCGAGCCAACUGUCGUAGAUGAGGUACGCACCGGAACCUACAGACAAUUGUUCCACCCGGAACAGUUGAUCACCGGUAAGGAAGAUGCGGCGAACAACUACGCCCGUGGUCACUAUACUAUCGGAAAGGAAAUUGUCGACGUUGUGCUGGACCGCAUCCGCAAGCUGGCCGAUCAGUGCACUGGUCUGCAAGGUUUCCUAAUCUUCCAUUCCUUCGGAGGUGGUACCGGAUCCGGUUUCACAUCGCUGUUGAUGGAACGUCUGUCGGUCGAUUACGGCAAGAAGUCAAAGUUGGAAUUCGCCAUUUACCCAGCUCCUCAGGUCUCCACUGCUGUGGUUGAGCCGUACAAUUCUAUUCUCACCACCCACACAACUCUGGAACAUUCCGACUGUGCAUUUAUGGUUGAUAACGAAGCUAUUUACGACAUCUGCCGUCGCAACUUGGACAUUGAACGACCGACUUACACCAACCUGAAUCGUUUGAUUGGCCAGAUCGUGUCUUCGAUCACCGCUUCGCUGCGUUUCGAUGGUGCUCUGAAUGUGGAUUUGACUGAAUUCCAGACCAACUUGGUCCCAUACCCACGUAUUCACUUCCCCCUGGUAACCUACGCCCCAGUUAUCUCCGCUGAGAAGGCCUAUCAUGAGCAGCUGUCGGUUGCCGAAAUCACGAAUGCCUGCUUCGAACCGGCCAACCAGAUGGUUAAGUGUGACCCACGUCACGGCAAAUACAUGGCCUGUUGCAUGUUGUAUCGUGGCGAUGUUGUCCCGAAGGAUGUCAAUGCUGCUAUCGCCACUAUCAAGACCAAGCGUACGAUUCAGUUCGUCGAUUGGUGUCCAACUGGUUUCAAGGUCGGUAUCAAUUACCAGCCACCGACUGUUGUCCCAGGUGGUGACUUGGCCAAGGUUCAGCGUGCCGUCUGCAUGUUGUCCAACACGACCGCCAUUGCUGAGGCUUGGGCUCGUCUGGAUCACAAGUUCGAUCUGAUGUACGCCAAGCGUGCUUUCGUCCACUGGUAUGUCGGAGAGGGUAUGGAAGAAGGCGAGUUCUCCGAAGCUCGUGAGGAUUUGGCUGCCCUCGAGAAAGAUUACGAGGAGGUCGGUAUGGAUUCCGGUGAAGGCGAAGGAGAGGGUGCUGAGGAAUAUUAAACUAUCAUUCAGCCAUCCCCCACGAGAACGAAUGCCAAUUCCAAACGGAAAAGGCCUGCCGAUUCCACAAAAGAAAAGCACGUGGCUCAAAGAGAAAAGAAAAUAAAAAAUUUUCAAAUUGAA